GGCGUUACACGGCCGGAAGUCCUCGGUAACCAAUCAGCAGGCGGCGGUUGUGUCGGUAACGUGCAGGAGCAGAGAGUGAGGCCGGCGCGGUGUACCGGGCACAGGAGCGGAGAUGGCCAGCCUGUGGAUGGGGGAUGUGGAUGAGAAUAUGAGUGAGAGUUUCAUUAUGCAGGCGUUCCAAGUGAUGGGCGAGACAGCCCAGAAUGUAAAGAUCAUACGGAACCGCUUCACAGGGGCCCUGUCUGGUUAUUGUUUUGUGGAAGUUCACGACCAAGCUGCCGCAUCUAGGUGUCUGAUAAACAUGAAUGGAAAACUGAUCCCCAACUCUAAUCCUCCUAAGAGAUUUAAGCUGAAGCACGCACUUUACACAAAGCCAACGGACCCGAGUAGCGUACCGCCCGCUUUGAGCGAUGACCCUUGCAGCACCCACUCAGCGGAAGCGGAGGCUGUAGCGCAGCUUCCUCCAGUGACCAACCAAGCCACAGACUACGUGCAGGCGUUUAAUUACUAUUCUCAGCAAUUCCAACAGAUGUUCUCCAACUGGAAGUACGACGAUAAAUAUAACAGCUACAGCUUCCAGCAGUACGGCUACACUGCAAACGACUGGCAGGCACCUGAGGGAUUUGCAGAGGAGGCGGUGGAAGACCCAAACCCGCCGGUAGAUGUGAAUGAGGCCAACAAAGAGUUCAUGGAGCAGAGUGAGGAGCUGUAUGAUGCUUUGAUGAACUGUCCGUGGCAGCCGCUGAACUCUGUGACCUCCAAAAUACCAUCUGAAUCGUGAACUAUCGUCACAUGGAAACCGUCGCCAGAUGAGUCCUAUCCCAGGGUGUUAUCGGCGCACACAUCUAUCAGCCUUUUGUUAUAUAGAACUCUCCAUCUGUACAGUGGCCGGAGCAAUGGCCAGGAUUAGAGUACGGCAUUGCCAGGUUUACGUGGUUACUGGUAAUCGGCUCUGCAACCGGGACACAACCUCCUUAAAGUAAUGCAGCAGGACUAAGUUUAUUUUCAGCCGCCAGAUUUUUGGAGCUACAUCUGGUCUCUCUUCUGUGAGAGACGUCCUCAAGCCCAGUUGGGAGAAAGUAAUUAAAGUUGUAUUUUUGUUUUUCUCACUA